AUGAUAACACAUAAUGCACAUACAGGGGGGACCGUAACCGUAAUCUUUGAUAAUAAUAGCAAAACAUUGGAUAAAGUUGAGUGUUUGAGUAUAUAUGCUGAAAUUGUAGAGCAUGUUCAAGUUAAAAUUGCUGAAUUUAAAGAAAAGGGGCAUGCAAAUUUCAAGGACGAAUGCGAAAAAUUAAUUACAUAUAUAAAGCAAGAAAAAGAGAAACAUAAGGAGUGUUAUACUAAAUGGUCUCUAGAUCUUAACUUAGAUAAUUAUGAAGAUAUAAACGAAUAUCGUGCUGCGGAAACUUCUAUUAGUGGAAAACCUCGUGAUAGAAGAUCCCCUCUUAUAGUUACUGAUAGUGCAAAUGAUUGUAUGAUAUCCCUUUCUUCUGUAGGUACUGCCGACGUAGGGGUUAUUUCUGCAUCAUCAGACCAUACACCUUCUAGUGUUAAAAGUACUAUUGAAAAUGACCCUCCUAGAGAAGGUUAUGUUACUAAAACUGCUGAUAAUGCACACAAUGACAGUAAAGGUGCUUGUGAUGCAGUUUCGGAUGUUGAAGCUAAAGAGGAUAAGGCCCCAUGUAGUGAUAAUCCCGGUAAGAGUGGCCCUUGUCUGGUAGUUGAUGGUGGAACAUCUUGCAGUGAGGUAAGUAGUGAAACAUCUUAUAUUGAAGAAAGUACUUGUAAAACACAUAUUAGGGAAAUAAAUAUUGAUAAGAAUAUCAGCAGUACUUAUCAUGAUGCAAAUAAUUCCUUAUGUGCACGUGAUUUAACUUCUAGUGAUAAAAACUCUUUGCUUCAUCCAAAUGGUCAGGAGAUACGGGGUAUUCAAGAUUCUUUUGCUAGUGUAUGUAAUUCUAUGGUAUUACAAAGGGAUAGUUCUCCUCAAAGUGAUCCGCACACUCGACAAGAAACAACUGGUCUAGUAAGUCAAGUACAAACAGAAAAGACACAAAACUAUGAAAAAUCCCUUCAAGAGCCUAACUCAAAUAUGGAACAUGAUACAAACAUACAAAACUCACCAAAUCAGAAAGAUCUUCAAGUCUCAACACAAGGUUCACCUCAUGGAAAUCAGGAAACAUCUGGAGGUAAACAUUAUUUAAAAGAUAAGCAUUCUCAACCAACUGCAUGUAUAAAAAAAUAUCGAUCUCAUAUACAACCGUUAUCUUAUGAAGGGCAUAUAUAUAAAGAAUAA